UUCCAUCAAAAAGGUUUUUGCUUGGUUGUGUUGGAGUUGAACUACUAUAACAGAGCACACAGAAACUGAAACCGCAUAUACGAAGAUGGGAACUCGGGAGGUGUACGAGCAGAAAUUAAGGACUGGGAAUCUGCAUCAUGAUCCCACCAUCAACCCUGGCCUCGGUUCCCCUCGCUGCCCUCGCUGUCUCUCUCUCUUAAUCCCUAAUUCUGGAAAGGGAGAAUGGACUAUUACUUCCGUUUUACAUGAUGCCACUGCCGUGGCUGGGUCGGGUAUUGGUGGAAUGCUUAGUGCUGUUCAUGGUUUCAAUACAGGGAUCCCAUUCCUUCAAAAUCGUCUCAAGGGACCAAAAUGGCUGCCUUUUGUAGUUGGGCUUCCUCCCCUGCUAGUGGUUUCAGGUGCAAGUGCUGCAUUUGGAGGUUAUGCACUUCCAAAGUUUGCUCAACUCACAGUGACAUCCUAUUAUGCUGCUUCAAGUGCCUCACAUUAUGGGAUUUCACUGCUUACCCGACAUAUUGAAGAGACCCAUAAUUCCCGAGUUCGGCAAGAAAGGCAUUGAUGAUUCUUUGCAGGUGCACAUAUUAUAGGAUUUACUUCACUAGUUCACCUUCCUUAAUUUUGUAAGCACUGUUAUAUUUUUUUUGGCAUAGAUGCAUGAACUGGUUGAUGGUGGAACUUGUCACCUUUAUAAUCUUACUUUUGUGAGUAACAAACAUUUGCUAGUUUAUUAAAAUCAAUUUGGUUAAUAAUAGAUAUUGUAUAAAAUGCUUUUGGGUACUCUUUGAAUCA